ACUCAACCGUUCAACCUGUUGUUUAGCUCUUGAAAAAAGAAGACGAAAAAGAUUUUCAUUUCGUUUGUGUGGUUGUGUUCUGUAGCUGUGAAGUUGAAGAAGAUUUUGUUGCUGCAGCUUGAACAUGAGGGUUCAUGAAACAAGGUCUCAUUCCCAUCCAAAUGCUGAGGAGGACAAAGUGAUGACAAGGAAGCAAAAAGCAGAGAACAAGGCACAUGAAGCAGAGCAGUCUCCGAAGAAGCCCAAGUCUGAAGGUGACAAUGGCCAUGCAAAUGGUAAAUCUUCAGAGGACAUAGUUGCUGAGUUUGAGGUGGUCUGCACAGCAGUCAAAGAUAACCUGUCAACUGAACAAAUGCGCGAAAUCUUGGAAGCUAAUGGCCAAGACUCCUCUGGCUCCGAUGCUAAUGUCCUUCGAAAAUGCCAAGACUUGCUGUUUUAUGGGCCAUUAGAUAAAUGCCCCGCUUGCAAUGGAAAUUUGGAGUUCACUGGUAUACGCUACUCUUGCACUGGAUCUUAUAGUGAAUGGGCGUCUUGUACAUAUAGCACAAAGGAUCCACCAAGGAAACAAGAACCAAUUAAGUUACCAGAUAGUAUCCUGAACUCUCCUGCCUCCGAUUUGAUAAAGAAAUAUGAGGACCCAAGUCGCCGGCCUAGGAAGGUUCUAAGCAUCCCGGACAGGCCUUUUACUGGGAUGUUGAUGUCUCUUAUGGGCCGUCUUUCUGCAUCUCAUCAAUACUGGAGAAAAGAAAUAGAAAAGCAUGGAGGAAAGGUUGCCAACCAUGUGAUUGGUGCAACUUGCCUCAUUGCAUCUCCUGCGGAGCGAGAACGAGGUGGCUCCUCUAAACUUGCAGAAGCAAUGGAAAGAGGGAUACCUGUGGUAAGUGAAGCAUGGUUGAAAGACGGCAUUGAAAAACAAGAACCCCAGCCUCUCGAAGCGUAUGAUAUUGUCACUGAUAUUGCUGCUAAUGGCAAAGGAAUUCCGUGGGACAAAAUGGAUCCAAGUGAAGAGGCACUUGAAUCCCUUUCAGCAGAACUGAAGCUUUAUGGGAAGAGAGGUGUCCACAAAGAUACGAAAUUGCAGGAGCGAGGCGGGAAAAUCUUUGAGAAAGAUGGCAUACUGUACAACUGUGCCUUCUCUCGUUGUGAUCUGGGGAAAAAACUGAACGAUUAUUCUGUCAUGCAACUGAUUUCAGUACCAGAGAGCAACCUGAAUUUGUACUAUAAGAAAGGGAAAGUUGGUGAUGAUCCCAAUGCAGAGGAGAGGCUUGAAGAAUGGGAGAACGUGGAAGCUGCUGUGAAGGAGUUUGUGAGGCUCUUUGAGGAAGUAACUGGAAAUGAGUUUGAACCAUGGGAAAGAGAAAAGAAAAUCCAAAAGAAGCCAUUGAAGUUUUACCCGAUAGACAUGGAUGAUGGAGUUGAUGUGAGACAUGGAGGACUUGGUCUUCACCAAUUGGGUGUUGCCGCCACACAUUGCAAACUUGAGCCUUUGGUUGCAAAUUUCAUGAAGGUCGUAUGCAGUCAGGAGAUUUACAAAUAUGCUUUGAUGGAGAUGGGAUACGACCCCCCCGAAUUACCAAUGGGGAUGCUUUCUGAUGCCCACUUAAAAAGAUGUGAGGAGGUUCUUCAAAAGUUUGUAGAGACGUUGAAAUCAAUGAAGGAUACAGGGCCAAAGGCCAAGGCUGUCUGGUCAGAUUUUAGCCAAAGAUGGUUCACCCUCAUGCAUUCUACCCGGCCUUUUAUCUUCAAGGACUUUCAGGAACUUGCAGAUAAUGCUGCAGCUGCACUCGAGACUAUUCGGGACAUAACCGUGGCUUCACAUCUUAUAGGAGACAUGGGUGGAUCUACUCUUGAUGACCCCUUGUCUGAACGUUAUAACAAAAUGGGCUGCUCCAUUUCUCCACUGGAUAAGGAAUCUGAUGAUUACAAGAUGAUUCUCAAGUACCUUGAGACAACCUAUGAACCUGUCAAAGUUGGGGAUGUUGAAUAUAAGGUCUCUGUUGACAACAUAUUCGUUGUCGAAUCAAGUGCCCGUCCAUCAGUAGACGAAAUAAAGAAGCUACCAAACAAAGUCCUCUUAUGGUGUGGAACACAGAGCUCCAAUCUGUUGAGGCACUUGCAUAGAGGUUUCUUGCCUGCAAUAUGCUCUCUCCCUGUCCCAGGCUAUAUGUUUGGCAAGGCUAUUUUGUGCUCUGAUGCUGCUGCAGAAGCUACUAGGUAUGGUUUUACUGCUGUGGAUAGGCCAGAAGGAUUCUUGGUCUUGGCUGUGGCUUCUCUGGGAGAUGAGAUUACCGAAAUCAAGAGCCCACCUGAGGACACCAAGUCGUUAGAGGAGAAGAAAGUCGGAGUGAAGGGCUUGGGUAGGAAGAAGACAGAUGAAUCAGAGCACUUCGUCUGGCAAGAUGACAUCAAAGUUCCUUGUGGUCGCUUAGUGCCUUCAGAUAAUAAAGACAGCAUUCUCGAAUACAAUGAGUACGCCAUGUAUAAUCCGAAGCAGGUAAGCAUCAGGUUCUUGGUGGGUGUGAAGUAUGAAGAGGAGAAUGCGGUGAUGGAACCAGAGUGA